UGACUUGGAGUUGACCUUUAUGUCAAAACACACGGAGAUUGACAACCUUUACACCUCGAAAAUAAAUAAAAUAAAAUAAAAAAUGUACUCAAGCAAAGCGAAUCUGCUGAUUACAGAGGAUAACUCUGAGGGCAGCUUUCACCCGGACGACUUGGCCAAUGACCUUAUAAAAAACAUAUUCCGCAAGUACCCAGAGCGAGGACUUCACGAAGAGUCAUCCUCCUAUGCAUCAUCCUGCUCAAGUUUGCCCCGCGAAAAGUGCAAGAGCAAAGUGGACCGUCGCCUGGAUUACUGGAAGAACAUGCUUGCUCAGCGGCGGGAGUUGCAAGAGAGACUGCGGAGGCAAUUGGGCCGGACUCCAGAACAGAUGAUCCUUAAUCAUCAGGGGAAGGCAGGGAGUCGUUCGGACAAGGGCUUAGUGGAGGUUGUGGGACUAUCCAUCCAUUGCGCUAGUGAACUUCAAGAUGGGGACAAACCUCAGAAAGAUGAUCAGGAAUUAUUUAGAGAGUCCAAGCACAAAAUCUGUAAUCUUGAGGUGGUUGGCAGGAAGAGCAAGGACUGCCAGGAGGCUCGCUUUUCUGUCCCGAGAGCGAGAAUUUCUAAGCUGAGUUUAAGCUUCGGAGAGGUCGCACAUUCCACACAACCAGCGAACGGACCUGGCGUCCGUAUCAAUGGAAUCAACUACUUACCACAUGCUCCGGAGCUUUCGCCAGCUAUGGACCGGAUGUUCACUAGCCAUCCCUUCCAGCGACACCUGCGCACCAUCGUUCGCAUCGAAAACAUCGGAAACCAGGAGCUGAGAUUCAAUUGGAGGGAGGUGAACUUCUUCUCGAACAACGACACUCUCAUGGAAGCCGAUCCCGAAGACUUCGUAUUCGAUGUUCGCCCCUUUGCGCUCCUCCCGGGGGAGUUCCGGGACAUUACGGUCCUGUAUCAGCCGCGCUGCGUGGCCAUUGUAAAGCAGCGCUGGCAGCUGCUGACCAGGCCACGGAUCUUCUUCUGCCGUCCUUCUGCGUUCACGUUGAACCUUAACGGCCGCUGUACCCCGCCCAAGGAGUAUCUGGACCGCUUGAGAAUGGAGAAACUCCCGGUUAUGCCUAAUGAGCCUCGAACUGAACUAGAGCAGCAUAUUUCGCUCCAAUGUCCAUACGAACGGGAGCUGGAGGACCGCGAGAUUUUCAACCGGCGCAACAGAAGCUUUCAGUGCCGAACCCACGACGAUAUGGAACGACUCUUUGCCUUCUACAGGCACUUGAGGACCAGCCCUUCAUUUCGCUGGGACUUCGGUGUGCACACGCUGAUCCACAUGGUGUGUAAUGGCCAGGACACUCGGCAGCGCAUUCGCCACCUUUCGGAAUUGACCAAGCUGCUCGACGGCCUAAGAAGUACUUCGGCAUUACCACUUGACAAGGGGGACUCACCCGAAAGGUUGAGCGAGCGCGAUCACACCAAAGAGGUGUACGUACGUGGAAUACUAGCGAGUCGAUUGGAAGAAUGGGAAGAGAAGGUGCAACUUCUUGGGGAAAGGAUCGCCAAGUGGGAAAAUCAAGGCAGUCAGCAGGAGGUGAAGGACUUGCACAGCUCCAAGUACUUUACGGACGCGAUCUAUAUCCAGCUAUACGGACUUAUCUGCAUUGCAGCCGAGGACAUCGUCUCGAUGAUCGAGAGCACAUCUCUGAUCUAGUUG